UAAUUUUCUCCAGUGACUGUGGUGGGUCUUUGAAUUAUUUCCAUGAAGUUUUGCGUUGAAGAGUGUUGCAUGAUAUAGAAAUAGAAUAUCCUCAGUUUGGAUUGCUAUUAAUUUGAAUAUUUAUCAAGGAGUACUGCGUAGUUUUCCAUUAAUUGGGCAAAACGUAUUUCCGCAGGAUUCUAGCAUCAAGAUAAUAAUUGUAAUUUUAUUUCAAAUUAUCCAGCAAUAUGGCACUACGCUUACCUCAAUUGGAAGAGAGCAUCUGUGGCUGUUCAUUGAAAACUGCCACUAAAUUAAUUGGAUGGAUCUGUGGGGCUCUCAGUACAUUUUUACUUCUGAUUUUCAUUGGAAUCCUUUGUGAUGAGGGUAUGAAAGACAUAACUCGCAUGCUAGGAUUCGAUUUAAAAGAGUAUGAAGUCUGUUCGAGAUGCAGCGGCGACAAUUACGACUCCAGUUCUAAUUGUAGAACAGUUCAGUAUGCCCCUGGUUAACCGACCCAACUUUGUUCAUGCCUGGAUUAUUGCUUUGAUUUUUGCGAUUUUCAUUGAUUCGAUCACCAUAGUCUCAUCAAUCAUUGUGCAUACCUACAACCCCUUCUUCCGACUCAUCAUUCUGAGCAUCAACGUCUAUGGCCUGCUUAUUGUCAACAGCUAUCAUCAGACUAUGAAGCAAGGACGCAUCAUUGCUUCUGCUCCUCCACCUGCUUAUGAAAACUAAAAAAAAUACAACAGCUUGACAAAAUGUUAGAUUCUCAUUUAAUUUGCUGUCUUAUUAAGUUACAUAUUUUAUUUUUAUUAUUCUAGUUAAGGCCUACUUGAUUUUUGAAUAUUCAGGGUGUAUUGUAAAUUAUACAUUAUUCAACAUUACUACUGCUACUCCUCUGUCUUAUGACAACUGUAAUAUGAAAAAUGUUAAUUUCUUUAUUAAUUUUAUGCUAUAUUACUUAUUUUUUUAUUGCAGUUAGACAUACAUGAUUUUGAGAUAUUGUGGAUUUGUUCCAAAUAAUGCAUGAAGGUGUCCAUAAAAUUAUUGCUUAUUAUUCCUCUGUCUUAUGCUGAAAACUGUAAAAACUAAACUUGAAAAAUGUUUGUUUCUUCAAUUUUUUAUUUUGAUUUCGAUUUUUUGUUAUACGGUAUUACUUCUAUUUCUAUUUGAGGUCUAAAUGAUUUUGAGAUAUUUAGAAUGUGCAGUAAAAAUAAUACUUUAUCCAACUCCAUUGGUGCCUUUAUAUUAUGACAACUGAAAACCUGAAAUUGUAUUGACAAAAUGUUAGACCCUCUGUUAAAAAUGUGUGUCUCUUUAUAGAUUACUUAUCUUAUUCAAGUUUACUUUUUUGGAAUAAUCAGGGUGUACUUAGAAUAAUACAUACAUCCUUAUUGCUGCUCUUCUCCCUUCUUAUAUAGCCUACUAUAAAAACUGAAAAAAGAAAUCCACUUGCACAACAAUUUCAAUUAUCAAUUAAUAUUUUUCAAUCAAAUCAAUUUGUAAAUUAUUUUUUGGUUCAGAAACAGUCUGGGCAUAUUCGAAGUAUUUAUCAUCAACUAUUGUAUGCUAUUUUAAAGGUGAUUCUUGAUCAUUUUCAGCCACUCGAAUGAGGUUAUUUGUCCCGUCCGUCUUAUGAAGAGAAUAAAGAGUUGAAUUCCACAUCUUCAGAUAGCAAUUAAUUUCGUGUAAUGUUCUGCUUCUAUCAUUCAAUAUCACUCAAUUUUUAAUAUUUUUAUAAUAUUCCAGCUUAUUUAAUUACCGUAUGUUAUAAGUUUACUAAUAAAUAUAUAUUAUAGUAGCAUUUAGUUUACUAAUAAAUAUAUAUUAUAGUAGCAUUUUUAUCUUAGCCUAUUGAGCAUUUCUGAGACUAUCUAAGAAGUUUAUUACAUAGCUUUGAAUAUAUGGAUCUUAUAAUAGAAAGCUAAGAUGCCCGUAGACUUUAUUAGAAUUAUAAUUCAUUCAACAUUAAAAAUUCUUAUCUUCUUCUGCAA